AUGUCAAAUCGUGCUCAAUUAUCAUCUAACCCAGCUGCUUUAGCUGCUGCUGCUGCCUCUCACAAUCCUAAUUCGAACAACGCAUCAAGCUCUUCUGGCAACAAUAACUCUGUUGUUGGAUUACACUACAAAAUAGGAAAAAAGAUUGGCGAGGGAUCGUUCGGUGUUCUUUUUGAAGGUACAAAUAUUAUUAAUGGUGUGCCGGUUGCUAUCAAAUUUGAGCCUAGGAAAACUGAGGCCCCGCAAUUAAGAGAUGAGUAUAGAACUUAUAAACACUUACAAGGUUGCAAUGGUAUACCCAAUGCCUACUAUUUUGGUCAGGAGGGUUUACAUAAUAUUUUGGUUAUUGAUUUGCUCGGCCCAUCUUUAGAAGACUUAUUCGAUUGGUGCGGUAGGAGGUUCAGUAUUAAAACUAUAGUUCAAGUUGCCAUUCAGAUGUUGAAUUUGAUUGAAGAAGUUCAUCGUCAUGAUUUAAUUUACAGAGACAUUAAGCCUGAUAAUUUCUUGAUCGGCCGUCAAGGCUUGCCAGAUGAAAAUAAAGUUCACUUAAUUGAUUUUGGUAUGGCUAAACAAUACAGAGAUCCAAGAACGAAGCAACAUAUUCCUUACCGUGAAAAAAAGUCUUUAAGCGGUACAGCUCGUUAUAUGUCUAUUAAUACACAUUUGGGAAGGGAACAGCUGAGAAGAGAUGAUUUAGAAGCUUUGGGUCAUGUGUUUUUCUAUUUCUUAAGAGGCCAGUUGCCAUGGCAAGGCUUAAAAGCUCCAACAAAUAAGCAAAAGUAUGAGAAGAUUGGAGAUAAGAAGCGUACAACACCUGCUGUUGCUUUAUGUGAAGGUUUACCGAGACAAUUUGCCGAAUAUUUGGAUUCUGUGAGAAGCAUACCAUUUGAUGCAGAGCCUGCUUAUGAGGAAUAUAGAAUGCUCUUAUUAUCUGUCUUAGAUGAUUUGGGACAGCAAUGUGAUGGUGACUACGACUGGUUACACCUCAAUGGUGGGAAAGGUUGGGAUGCGUCAAUUAACAAGAAACCGAACUUGCAUGGAUAUGGUCACCCAAACCCGCCAAAUGAAAGGGAUAGACGCCAUCGUGAGCAACGUAGAAACAGACAACAUCAUUCUCAGUAUCAACCUCAGACAUCUCAACUGCAGCAGCAGUCAUCAGCUGCCCAAUUGCAUCAACUGAAAUUGCAGCAUUUGGUAAACAGGCCUUUACCACCAAUUAAACAAGAGGCUCCAGCAAAUAAUAACGAUAUAUUACUAGAUUCGUCGCAAAGAAAUCAUAGAUCAAAGAGUUAUGAAAACACGCCAGUUAAUAGACAAAAUCAGUAUGAACAACAACAGAUGGUGGAUGACACGGAUGAGCACAAGGGAUUCUGGUCAAAAUUAUGUUGUCAUUGA